AUGCUACUAAACUACGUAAAGCAUAAUGGCAAGAAUUGGAAUGAUGUUGCAGAGCACUGCCUACCAACUCGAACACCCAACCAAUGCAGAGCACGCUGGACGGAUACACUUGACCCUGAAUUGAAGCAUGGUCCUUUCAGCAGAGCCGAGAAAGAGCUAUUACAACAGGGUGUCGAGAGUCUGGGGAAGGGCAAAUGGCUGGCCAUCCGUAGAGACUUUUUGCCGCAUCGAUCAUCUCGACGUAUCGCCAAUGAAUGGUCUAGUAGACCGCCGUCAACUGCUACAGGCGAUAAGCUGAAGUCAUACACAAGCAAAAAAUGGACAGCACAAGAGGAUGAGCUUGUCUUAAAAGGCAUUGCAGAGUUUGGACAGUCAUCAUGGGCCAAGAUAGCGUCAGUCUAUCUGCCUUGGCGUACACGGAUUCAGAUUCGCAACCACUAUCGUUCAAAGCUAGACCCUGCUAUCAAGAAAGAAAAAUGGACAGAACAUGAAUUGGAUCUUUUGCUGAGACGCACUAUUGUAUUUGGCCAAGAUUGGAACAAAGUAGCUGAAGGUAUACGAGGCAGAACGCCCGAGCAGUGCAGUCGAGUCUGGCUGACUGAGCUGGACCCCGGCAUGAAUAAGGGCCCUUGGUCAGACGAAGAAACCAGACUAUUUUGGGAGCGAGUACACCAAUGCGAGGGUAACUUUGUAAAGAUUGCGGAGGGGUUGCCUGGUAGAAAUCGACUGAUCUGCUAUCGUAAAUUUUGGUCGACUGUACGAGACGAUAAAGAGUUUGUAUUGUUGUAUGGAGAUCAGAUAAAGAAAGACAAGACAGAAAACGGGCCUGCCUGGAGAGUGCGAGUGGGUAAACUAGUCUGUGCAUGGUUGAAAGGCGAGUAUACGGUGCGAAAGACAUCAAACCAUAGCAUCGAUCUGCAUCAGCCUGGUCCAUGGAGCAAAGAGGAGCUGUCAGCGUUGGAGCUGAUAGUCAAUAAACAGCUGGAGAAGAAGCAGAUUCUGGAUCAAGGGGAUUGGAGAAAGAUAGCCAAGCAGCUGCCAGGAAGAGAUGUUCGGCAAUGUAGAUAUCAAUACGAAGAGCAUUUGUCUAUCAAGAAUAUCAAGAAAGGCACUUGGACAGAGCAAGAAGACAACCUAUUAACAGCAUUGGUUGCUGAACAUGGCACUUCCAACUGGGAGCAAGUUGUACAGAAUAUGCCAAAUCGCAGUAAACGACAAUGUGUUUAUCGAUGGCAUCGCGUGCUGCAAUUCACACAAGACCAAACGCAGAUAUCAAAAAACCAACGACUGUCAGAUUCAGAGAAAGCGUUGAUCCGGGAUGGCGUUGAGAUGUUUGGACAUGACUGGACAGCAAUUCGUAUGACCUAUUUGCCAAAUCGCACCCCUGAGCAAAUCAUGCGAUGGUGGAACUCUCAUGAAGAGGAUCAAGACGACAGAGAACGUAAAGCAUGGACUGAAGAAGAAGACAAAAUACUGGAAUUCGCUGUCAGCAAAUAUGAAAAUGGGCAUGGACAUGUCCCCUCAUGGGCGCAAGUGGCCAAGAUGGUUCACGGACGAUCAUCAAAGCAAUGCCGAACAAGAUGGCUCUACUCUCUGCAACCCAACCUUACAAAAGGAGCAUGGACAUAUGAAGAAGAGAUGCAGUUAUUGGAAGUGGUUCAAAAGUACAAAUUGCAGGAUACAAAAACGGGUGAGAGCAUAUGGCAUCUGGUAGCAAAAGAACUGAACACGGGCCGUUCGGAUUGGGCAUGUAGAUCAAAGUACGAUUAUAUGCAACGCAGAGGACAUAGAUUUACAUUUUAA